AUGGCAAUUUUCCAGCGACUUUUUACUACAUGGCGUGUGUUGGGCAUCAUCUUGUGGCCUUUCAACAAAUAUUUGCGUAUUAUCUACGAUUUUCUUAUGAACUUUUUCGUCACUUUUGCCUUUCCGAUGCAUCUGGUGUUGGGCAUAAUUUUUAGCACCAAUCAGGAGCAAUUCUUCACCAACCUGGUAAUCGGUAUUGCAUGCGUCUCGUGCACCUUCAAGCAUUUGUUGCUGCGAUUGCAUCUAAGUGAAAUGAUUGAGGUGAACGACAUAUUUUCGCAGUUGGAUGAUCGCGUUCUCAUCGCCACCGAUUAUGAAUAUUACAAGCGUUUUAUGGAGCAGCCUUGUAACUUUAUGAUAAACUUCUUUACACGCUGCUACUUUGCGGUCAGCAUAACGGCAUUGCUCACAGCCUUGGUCACUGGUGAACUACUCUAUCCCGCCUUUGUGCCGCUAAAUUGGCAAACAUCGACUUUUAAUUACAUUAUGGCCAUACUGUUUCAAUUUGUUUGUGUUUCGUUGCAAAUCGUACAAAAUAUAGCCAACGAUGCAUAUGGCCCGGUGGUACUUUGUUUGAUCUCUGGACAUGUGCACCUGCUGGCGAAUCGGGUAUCGCGUGUCGGUCACAGCAGCGAGGAGAACAGCGAACAAAACUACAAGCAAUUAUCCAUUUGCAUCGAGGACCAUAAGUUGCUGAUGAGCACCUCCAAAAAAGUGGAGCGCAUUGUCUCAGCCAGCUAUUUGGUACAAUUUCUUGGUGUUGGCAUUAAUCUUUGUGUUGGCCUCGUUUAUUUGCUCUUCUUCGCCGAUAACUACUUUGCCUACGUCUAUUAUACUCUUCACAUAACAGCCAUUAUGAUUGAACUCUUUCCGUGCUGCUACUAUGGCAGCAUGCUGGAGUGCGAAUUUCACGAUUUGUCCUAUGCAAUAUUCAGCAGCAACUGGCCAACUCAGCCACGCCCAUUUCGACGUAAUGUGGUUAAUUUUACUGAGCUUACGCUAAGAGAGGUGAGCUUGUAUGCUGGAGGCAUGGUGCGCAUCAACUUGGAUUCAUUUUUUGCUACUUGCAAAAUGGGAUAUUCGUUCUUUACCGUCAUACAGAGCAUGAAGUAA